CGGGGGUGUGUGUGGACCUCACCACUGACGGGACCCACAGGCUCCCCCCGAUUCGAGCUGCUCCGCUCCCAUCAUUUUCCUGGAGGGGUGAGGGACAAUAGAGAAGAGAACCGAGAGAACCGAGAGAGAGAGAGAGGGGGGAAUCGGAGAAGAAAGGCCCCGGGAUCCGAGUGUCGUGACGGGCCCCCUCCUCCUCCUCCUCCCGUCGCCGGUUGUCUGGAGGCAGGAGGCUGACGAAGGGGGAGAAAAGGCGGCGGAGCGGUGCACUCGAGGCGGCUGGGCUUGUCACGGGGAAGCGGCUCCUCGACGCGGCCUUGCGAAGCGACGUUGUCAGAGUUGUGAAGGCUUCUGGUCGGCGCCUCGUGGAGAAAGAACUUAUCUGCAUGGAAAUACGGACGAGAAAGAGAGAAACCGCAGCUUGAACCGACUCAUCUUGAAGUGGAAUAAAUGGAUUACCCUCCUUUGGGACAAUUGUUGCCAUGGACCUUGCUAGAACUAUAUUAUGGUUGACACAAAAAAACAAAACAAAGGUAAGGCCGCUUCAUGCUGAAGUUACACCAAGAAGAAUCUGAGGAAAAGAACGAUCUCUGAAAAGGGACCAACGACCUCUCCAGUCCAAAUGAAUGCAUGCAGCAGCAAAAUAACUAACGAGAAAAUGUUAUUUAAGAGGGAAUGACCAAGAAAAAAAAACCUCUCAGAAAGAAUUACACUCUGCAUCCACCAGUUAAUGAGAAUAUCAAUGGAGUGUUUGCCUCCGGGAGCGUUCAGUGAGGGUCUGUAUCCAGACCUCUUGAUUCUGUUACUGCAGUCUCACACAGCGGUGGGUCCGGUCACACAUGUGGACAAACUGAAGGAUCGCUGUGACGGAACACGCUCUCAAUAGAUUUCUGUUUUUCAUUCAAGAACGUAGCUCUGCUUUGCUUCAGCUGUUGUUACAGCGGAGUGUGUGCAUGUAAAGACAUUUGACGCACAUCUCUCGCUGGUGUGUCAGUUGUCCGUGAUAUUGUUGCCUGCUUAGUGCCAAACAGUCUCCACGCCAUGGGAAUGUCUGCAUUCUUUUGAUCUUGGACUCCUCUGCAGUAGAAACCUGCUUCACUACGCAUAUCUUUCUUUAAGACCCUCCUGUAUGUAAACAUUUUUAAGCAAGAACAACCACCACAUUGAAGAAGAAAGAUUUUUACCAUUUUACCUUUUUCUAUAUUGAUAAAAUCAUCAUCCAUUCAACCUCCCGGGAACUCUCUGCAACAACAAAAGGGAUUACAGCAUCUGUGAUAUCUGCUGCAGCUCUUUGGUGGAUUUCAAAAGCAUUUCCUUGUUUUACUGCCAGGCCAGAGACUCUCUCUUUGUCAUUUAUGGUUACUGCCAUAAGCCUUCCAGUUUCUGAUCAGAAACAUUCCCUGAUAUAGACAGUGACAGAUUUUUCAGUUUUUUUUUUAUUCCAUAAAACCAAAAAAACACAAUGCAGAAUUUUCCAAACAGUCCAGCUCCUACUUCUUUACCCCAUGGGUUCAGUGGGAGGGGUGGAGGCGGACCUCCGUAUCCCCCUCAGCCAGCAGAACCCCAGAUCUCCCCGAGGAUGACAGACGAUUAUGCAGGCAUGCAACAGCAGAGCCUGCUCAGAGGCCAUCACCACCCCAGUCAAGCCAGCCACAUGCUAGCUUACAGUGCUAGAAACAGAGCAGCUGUGGAGCAACCACCAACACAGGGUAACAUUCACAGUGGCAAUAGUACCAACCCUUACAGGAAGGAUGCCAUGGACUAUUAUUUUUCAAUCGGCGGGAAGGAGAGGCAAAGAAGGGGAGGUAUUGGUUACGGGGCAGGCUUUGGUUACCCUAAUAUUGAUGGACAUAUACCUCACCAGUACCGACACGCUGGAUCUGGCUCUGCCCCAUCACCUGGCCUGAUGUCACCGUAUCCAGUAGACUACGGCUCUAGUGCUGGUUCAGGUGGAGGUGCUGGUGCUGGAGCCUUCUCUCCUACCCACCAGUACAAUAUGAGCCAGAACCCUGCAAUGCAGUCAGUGUCAGUCUCUCAGAUGCAGCACCGGCAGCAUGGGCAAACCUUCCCAGCCGUCCACCACGGACAGCAGCAUCGGAGCUACCCCCUCUCUGGGCACAGAAUGACCCCACAGUACGCCCACUACUCGCCACAGAGUGGAGCAUCCACGGGGUCAUCAGGAAUGUACAGCCCUCCGCCGCAGAGAUAUCUCGAUGGGGCUGCGAGCAGUGGAUUUGAUCCCAAAGUCAACAGCUCUCCCAGUGUCAACUCCACUUCAAACUCGGUCUCCAGUUCAGUUGCUGCUAACAAUGUGGGGCCAAUGGAGAAUGUUCAACAGAGCUACCAUGCUUCAAGUUAUCCUGGAUAUUCCCCACAGACGCAUUCUCUUCACAAGCAGUCCACACUACAGCACCGCAACUCGCAGCACAAUUUAGGGGUAGGUUACGACAACUCUCUCAAGAUGCAGCACCAGGGCCUGUCUCCAGGGUCUGUAUAUGCUAAACAACCCUCCAAUCCCAGUAUACCUCAAGCAGCAUCUCAAGAAAUAGCCAAAUCCCCAAUGCACCCCAACGCUCAGCAAACCCAAAUCAACCAAAACUUCAGCCCGAUAUCGAACCCCUCUCCCGCUGCCUCAGCAGUUCAUUCCCCCAGCUGUAGCUCCUCUCCCUCCCCUUUGAUGGGUGUAUCAGAGGCACAUGGAAACCCCUCAGGUCAUGGUCCUUCACAUCCUCCUCCAUCAAACCCCCGUAGCAGCCAUGGUCAUGGCAGAUUACUGCAGACUAUGCCACAGUUAAGUCCCACUCCCAACUCAAAUAGCAGCAUCAGUAGUUGUGGAAGCAGCGGCAGUCAUAAAGCUCACAGCAUGAGUUCAGUUGCAGGUCGCAACAAAACAGGUCUCGGAGCAGGAAUUGGAUCCCGAGAGGACGCAUCUUCUGUUUAUUCAUCUUCUCUGCUUGAUAAAAUGCAGGACGCCGGCCUGAAUAGUCUUAAUGCCUUGAGCUCACAAGUAGCCAACUUACCAAACACAGUUCAGCACAUGCUCCUCACUGACACCGUACUUUCACACAAGAAGAAAGAAGUCGGACCGAUGCAACAGGCUUUACAUAGCAUGCCCCACUCACAUCCUAGGAGCCGAAAUGCAAGUGCAGCCUCAAGUACUAGCACAGUCAAAGAUGGAAGUGCUGAUGGUGCCAGUUUAGAUGCUGGCGCCGAUGAAGACUCCUCGUUAAUGUCAGUAGGAGGCUCAUCAGGGACCAAGGUGGAGCGCGAGGAACAGUUUUCUGAAGGGGAACACGGCAGAGUGAGACAGAUGAGUGGUGCAAGCAGUGGAUCCGAAACAACAGGCUAUCACCCUCCACCUCAGAAUCAAAUCCAACCACAGUCUGUACAAACAGCAAAUGCUAAAACAGUCUCAGAUUCACUGACAAAAGAGCAACGUGUUUCCGAGCUAAAAGCAAAUGAAGCUCGUGUUCCCUCCUUGUCAUCAUCUCCAUCCUUUGGCUGUCAGUCAUCAGAGACUGGCCCAAUAUCACAUUCAACGCCUCCAGUUUCCUCCUCCCUCUCCUCCAGCAUUCCUCCCCCCCAGCCAAACUGUGUCUCAGAACCUGUUUUAACAUAUAACGACAACAGAGGUGGUCGCAAGAAGACAACAGGGGUUAAAAAUGAAGUAAUCAAAAACGAAAGUGAAGGCGUAGUUGAAAAAGCAGAGAGAGGCAGUAGCCAGAUGCAGCGAGAUGUAGAAGUCAACACACAAAAUGGUCAGGACAAAGAAAAUAAGUUGCACACUGCAUCCAGAUUACACAAUAGUGAGAGGGAAGAGAAGCACACGUCAGAAGAGCAGCAAAGUGCCAGUGGUGUUGGUGUGAUUGUUUCAGCUCGAUCUGAGGGAAGUCACACUGAAAAAAACAAGCACCCCCAAGACAACUGUGGUGAAGAGAAACAGUCACACUCUUACUUAAGAGAGUCAAGCAGCCAUAAUGGAGAGGAGGGAAUAGAUCUCAGUCUGUAUUCCUCACAGAAAUCAAAUUUUGGACGGCCUCAGAAUACCCCCCAGUCUGCGUCACAUAAAUAUGGCUACCCAGAAUCAACAUAUGGCUCAGAUUUGUCAAUGAAAAAGAGAGGGAGGGCUGGUGCUGCGAGUGUAAUGGAAUCAAAUUCCAGAUACUUAGGCUACCAACAAUCUCAGACUGGUUCUGUAGCUGAGGCUUUGGUAAAGCGAGGGCACGGGACAGGAGGGAAAGUUCACGAGGAUAAUUCUCAAAUGCAGCAGUUUCCCAGCCUUUUACAAGAAGUCCUUCAAGGUUAUAAUUUAGAUAGACGUUAUGGCAGACCAGAGCAGGCAUUUCCUGCCCAUCUCCAAGCUCAACAACACAUUCAAGGCAGAACCCCGUAUGAAAAUAUGAGGAUGCAGAGCGGAGGAGCAGAGGCUGGAAAGCCCACACAUCCAAACCUGAGGCAUGGAAGUGAGCCUGAUUUCACCACAGAUCCACAGAUUGCAGUGAAGUCAGAGGUGUCCAAUGCUAACAUUUUGCAAAAUGCUGACAAACCGGAAUUAGGUGUGUCCCAGAGUCAUUUACAACAGGCAACAGAGUCCCAGCAACCCCCACCCAAACAUAUCAACUUAGCUGACUACUCCCUGCCACAGAGAAAAGUGUUAUCUAAUGUGUCCACUCCAUCAUCUGCUGUUCAGGAGCUCCUUUUGCAAGAGCCAGAGCCACUAACUGGCAGCAUUGGUCAAACUGAGUCUCAAAAGUCAUCAGGCUCCAUAUUAGCCCCGUCAGAGCGGCGGUCUGUCAUCUGUGAUGUGUCGCCAAACCGGCGCAGUACACCAGAGAGGGAAAGGGAGAGUGACCGAGAGAGAGAGAAAAGUCAGAUUGGAGCCUCUGUGAUCCAACAGCCAUUUUCCUCUCCAGGCGCAGCCAAUGAUCUGAGUAAAAAAGACACGGGAGAGAAACAAGUGGUGAAAAUGGAAAUGAUAUCAAAGGACCCUGGUCCAGACAUUGUAAAUUUACAAACUGAUCGUCGUGGCAGAGGUGGAGCGAACGAGGCAGACAUGGAGUAUCAUCCCAAGUCUGUUCAUUCAUCUGUGGUCAUGAAUGCUGACCCCUAUAGGCGUGGUAAUGUGGACAUGUCCCCCUUGCCUUCUCACCCCAUGAGCACUAAUCCUUUAUCGUCACCCUCAAGGCAUCAGUCCUAUCUUCACAGUGUUGAUUUAUCAACUGGCAGCGGCAGCAGUUUUCCUGGUUAUAGAUACGGGGAAACGAGAGAAGGAAAUACAAUGCCCCGGGGGAAUCCCCAUUUCCCCUCACACCAUCCAUACCACAACUUAGCCCACCAGGCUCAGUCCACAAAUAAGCUGCAAAUGUAUCCUCACCCUCGCGGCCUCCCACAUCACCCGCAUGAGAUGAGUGACUGGGUGAAAGCCAUGAACAGGUCAUCAAAGGAGUUGAUGAUGCAGCCUGGCUCCUCCCCAGGAAGACAUAAGGUCGGCCAAUCAGAGCAGAGAACGAGGAUGAUCCCCCAAACUGACAUGCCUGCUGAACAACACGCAAGCAAACCUAAUCUGCAUCAUCAAGGCGCCUACUUUGAUAUGAAAAUGUGGGAGUCAGCGCAUCCAGGAAGAGAAGGCCCGAGGAUGAUGGAGGGAGAGGCCUUCUACAGAACACAGCCUCCCCCUCCUCCUGCUCCAGUAGCCUCACAUGGCCCUGCCCCCCCACAGAUGAUACAUGGCCAAAAUGCUGCUGAACCCGAGGUCCCCAGAGGAGCCAAAGAGGAAGCCAAGCACCCCGGCCCCCCUCCUCCAUCCCACCCCGCUAAGCCACCUGCCGACAUGAACGUGCCCCCGAAGGUGCGUCAGUCUAAAGCUGGCGGUUCCGGAGACACAAAUCCACUAAUACUGAGGAGGAGGGUUCGUUCUUUUAUCUCUCCAAUUCCCGCCAAGAGGCAGCUCCAGGACGUGACCCAGCCGAGAGCUGCAUCAAACUCACAUCACUCUCCUGGGGCUCACUCUGAGUCAAGCCACCACAAUGAAGAGGACUCAACCGGUUCAGAUAUCCUGUGUCCCAGGCUGUCAUCGCCCAUGUCCGGAGAGAACACCUACUCACAGCCCCAAUCUCCAUCAAGUGCUAAUACCAAGGUUUUGCCUCCCAAGAAAGGUCGGGGUUUGAAACUAGAGGCAAUAGUGCAGAAAAUCACACCAAAUAUUAAAAAGCCAGCAGGCCAUGCUGAGGAUGAGUCAAAUCAUUACCCAGGAUUCUCUCACUCAGACGCAUUUAAUGAUUCACAGGACCAAGACCUCGCACAUUUCCCCAGAGUCACGGGAGGGAAUGAUAGUUACAUGGAUGACAGUCACUCAUUAAACAACAUUAAUCCCUUCAGAGGAGUUGAUGAGACUGGACCUUUACCUCCAUCUGCUUAUCCGUGUGAUCCCCUUCAGACCUCCCAAGCCCUCAAACAACAAGACUUUGACUUUGGACUGGGGACUUCUGUGGCAUCAGCAUCUGAUGACAAGGAGGACUUUGCCUUGCUCGGACCUUUGCCCCCCCCUCCUCCUCUUCCUCGUCCAGUCCAGGGUUCGCCACCUCCGUCCUCCUCGGCUCUGUCAGAUAUUCAGCAUUUCACCAACACUUACCAGGAGCUCGAGACAAGACGAGGAGAGCAAUCUGCGGCUAAUCUUCUCCGACAGAAACUUCAAGAAUCUGACAUGGGAUUUGAUGAUUAUCCUGGAAGUGACUACUACGGAACCACCCCGCCCCACCACAGCCAGGGUCAAGGACAUAUGCUGAGCAGACAUCAGAUGUCCUCCGGGAGGUCCAGUCUGUCUCCAGAUUCUAAGAACUCGGAUAGUCAUGUGCCCAAAGGCUAUUUCCCAUCGGGCAAAAAGAAGGGCAGGCCGGUAGGGAGUGUGAACAAACAAAAACGGGCCCAGCAGCAGGCCGGGACCCCGACCCAGGGCCAAUCCCAAGGCCAGACACCGAACACAGCACUGAGUACUGCUCCAUCCUCCCCCACUCCUUCUACAGGUGCUGCUUCAGCUCUGCAGACCGAGCUGAGUCCCAGCUGCACACCAGCCCCUGAAGAGCAUCUGAUGUCAGACGAUAAAAUCACUCUCCCACUCGACCCCCCAGUUUUAACCCAGGUAGUGAAAGUGGAUGUGGAGAGUGAGGACACGCAUCAAGAGACUGAGGUCAAACCUGUGCGACGGAGACGCAGAGGAGUCAAAGACGAAGACGGGCCCCUGGAACCAAGAGGGAGACAGAGGAGGAGGAGGAGAGGGGGGGCAGCGGCGGCACCAUCAGUGGCCAAAGACGACCCAGAUACACCUUUAGGGUCAGGAGGGGGCAGAGCAUUCACAGAUUCAAACAGAAAAGGCCCGUUUGCUCCACACAUACACGUGGAAAAUAAAGUUCCAGAGAUUGGGGCGGUGUGCACCAUUGUUAAUGCUGAGGAGGAGAAGAUGAAAGGGGAGCGGAGUGCAGUCGCAGGGAAAGCAGGCGGCAGUGGAAUUGAUUCUCUCCUGACCUCAGCGCUUUCCUCCCAGGUAUCUAAGAGGGACAAAGAAUCUGAGAGAAGGUCGUCGGACGAGGAGGAAACAACACUUCAGGCAGGAAAACGACUUCCUUCUUCUGGCUUUGUUGUUUCAGGCUCUGUGAUCACAGAGACCGAUCACUCUGGCCGCCUGCUCUGUUGCCUGUGUCAGAAAUGGGCAAAUUACAAACACCUCGGAGAUCUCUACGGGCCUUUCUACCGGGCUGAAUACGCUGCAAAGCUCCCCAAGAACCAGCCUCAGGUCAGACAGGGUCAAGCCACCACCGGCACAAACAAAACAGGAGCAAAUCCAGACAUGAGCUCAAAUUAUCUGAGCACGAUCCAAGACUCACAAACAGCAGAGGCUCAGUUUCCCAAACCUGUAACUGAGAGCGACUACGCCAUCAGCCUCGAUUCAAACCCAGCGUCCCUCAGCACUCCAGUCAGAACGGCCUCCCCUGCUGGGAGAGAGGAUAUGAUGAUGCAUGUGGCUGGAAAGCUCAGUAACACCGCCUUCCCCUACUCCUACUCCUCCUCUUCCUCCUCCUCCUCCUCCUCCACUACCACCAGUAAAACAAAGUUCCUAACCUGGGACAUGAAUCUAGAUACCCGACCUAUUCCCCAGCUCAAGAGAGAGCUCGACCUUGAGACCGACCCGCAGCAGGUGCAGAAACAGCUGCUGCUGCAGCCGCCGCCUGACGAAGCUCUGCAGCGACCUCAACACAGAAAGCUGACCUCGCACCCCCGCUUCAAGAGGAGGCACAAAUCCAGCGAGGACUCUCCCAGGAUGGUGCCGUCCAACAGCAAGGCGUCUCUGCCCUUCCAGCCCCCCCCGCCGGCCCUGGACUCCCUGGGACCGUUGGCACAACUCGCCCAGCUCCCUCAGAUGCCCAUGGACCCGGAGGAGCUGUGGGUCCACGAGUGUUGUAUAGUGUGGACCAGUGGAGUGUACCUCGUAAACGGGAGGCUCUAUGGCCUGCAGGAGGCACUAGAUGGCGCCAGAGAAACAAGCUGCUCUUACUGUGAGAUGGUCGGCUCAACGCUGGGCUGCUACAGCAAAGGCUGCACACUUCGCUACCAUUACAUGUGUGCUAUCGAAGCAGAUUGCUCUCUGAAUGAAGACAACUACUCUCUGCGGUGUCCGAAGCACAAGGUAAAGAAGGAGAGUCUACCCAGAGCAUCCGGCCCGCCAAGUCAGUUUACCUGGAGCAGUCAGAGAGAGGCUGAGAGAGACGGAGAGGAAGAAGAGACACAAGAGUCUGGGAGCUGUUAGUUUGGACAAAAGAAGACUUAAGAAUCUUGUUUGUGAAGCAGCCCCUGAAUGUGAAAGGACAGAACCGGAGUCUGUGACGGAGAACAACAAAAGGGAAUGUACAAUUUCUCUACAGGAAUCAGCAUUAUUUACAUUUAAGACAAUGGGGGUGGGGAAUUAUUGCUCUUUACUUUAAAGCAGAAAAAAAAAGAAAAAACGUGGACAUGCAACGUACGGGAGCAGAGCUGCAAGCAACAUAAAAACAUUCACAGAUGGAAGUGGAAUAAAAUGAGAUGUCAGGACUGACGGAGGAACAAAAGGAACUUUACUUUCAAGAAGAACAGAAACGCUUCCUCCCCGGGCUUACUUUGAUUUUUUCUCAGACACCGUCACAAGUGUUAAACAUUUGUUUUUCAUCCUUUGUAUCAUCAUUUACCUUUUGAUUUUCUUCCAGGUUGUUUUAUUGUUCUGUUUCCUUUGGAGACGCAUAUUGGGAGCAAGCUGGGCGUCGAACCCAGAAAAGCAAAUGUAUCCUCUCGCAAGUAGUAUUUUAUCUUAUGAUAUCAGGACGAUCACAGUUAUUAUUUUAGUCCGCAUUAUUAUUUUUUCCUCAUUAGUAUUUACUCAUGAAAAUGAAAUGGAUGUAUCUCACUUUUUAUUCAGUCAACGCAUACUUUUUAAUUUUUUUCCCCAUUCCGGGAGAGGGAGGAUCCAGAGUGUUAUUGUCUGGAUUGUCAGGGUCGAGUUUGCCACAAAGACAUUAUUGCCUUGGAGAACGGACAUCUGUUGCCUUUCAAAGUCACGUGUAUGAGUGAGACAGUGUGCGUGUGAAGAGAGUGUGUGUGUGUGUGUGUGUGUGUGUGAGAGAGAGAGAGAGAGAAACUGAAAAAUAUGCCGAUAUCUGGGUCUUUGAUUCCAUUUUGGUCCUUUUGAAAAGUGUUCUUAUUUUUCAUCACUGGGGUUUUUACGGUACAGAUAGUAUUCAUGAAAAAUCAGAUGGACAGUCUUAUUUUUCAAGUACAAAAAUGUUUGUAAUGUGCAAAGAGGAGGACAGAACCUUGUCGGAGGAGGAGGAGAUAACACUAUGGACUAAUGCGUGUCUGCCAUCUUUAACCGUGCUGACCAGGAGAAGAUGAUGAAGGACGGGACACGGAACUCUUUUCAUGGUCGUGGGACUUUGAGCUGGGAGAACAAGUUCCUUACGUUCUACAUAGGAAGUUACGUUUAACUGACGGGCGUCGGUUGCCCCACGCACAGAGACGGAACAUUGUCUGGAACUAUAAAACUUUGGAGAAAGUGUCAUGCGAGUGGCUGGGAUUGGCCGACCGUCCU